UUUCCGCGUCGCCUGAGCUGGAUUUGGCGCAGCAGCAAAGAGAAAAGAAGGGUGUGGUGUGGUGGACGGUGCUGAGCCCAGGAUCCAAGCAACCAACCAAGCAAGCAAGCAAGCAAGCAAGCAAGCAAGCAAGAAAGCAAGCAAGCAAGCAAGAAGCAAGCAAGCAAGCAAGCGCAAACAAGCGCAAGCCAGAAGGACGUGAAUGAUGUUGUUGAGAUUGCUAGUGGCCGUGGCAGCGGCGGCGGCAGCGGUGGCCGUGCUGCUGCCUGCGACCACACGCGCUGAGCCUGCCUUUGAGAUUGACGUUAUCGACCCACAUCUGGACACCAUGCCUCCUGGUGGCUACGAGAUGUACGCCAAUGGGUUUGUGUACGCACAGUCCUGCACUGGCGGUCUCAUUGCGUUUCAAAUCGUCAACAAGGCUGCGUACGAUGAGUGCGACGCCUCCCUGGAUCCAAACGCCGGCGAAGCCAAGUACUGCGGAACAGAGAAGCUCUACAUCCCAGUUCCACAAGCACAGGCGCCGGACCGGCACCCUUGGAAAGACAUUGCAUUGACGGGCUUUUCCGUGAAUGACACCAUCUACUUCAUCUCCGACAAGAAGAGCGAAUGCAACAGUGGCCGCAAGUUUCUUGUCCACGUGCGCCAGGACCCGGCGUGCUUUGCCACGUGCUGUGCAAACACCGGCGAGCACUGCUUCUUUCGCUUCAACCAUGAAGGCGAGCUCAACUGUGAGCUAGUGCGCGACGAGUACCCGGGUGGUGGCAACAUGUGUGAUGACGGCAAUCCAGAAACCGAGGGAGACACAUGCACAGAUCGGGGCGUCUGCCUUGGCCAACGUGUGUUGCACAGCUACUUUCUGAAGAGCAUGCUGGCGCCUCAUAUGUCUGCAGGCGAUUUCACCACAGACGGGCGCGCAGCCGUCAUUGCUGCGCUGAAGACUGCUCUCCAAACGACUGCUGAUAUCGACAUCACAGACGUGAGCGCGGUGAAUGCGCUGAGUGUGCGGGUGACGAUCGCUGUUCCGGACGAGAAUGUACCGCUGGCGGUGCUGUCAAGCCGCCUGUUCGCCGCCGCAUCCAUCAACAUUGAUGGCGCCCCCGUCCCCAUUGCACAGGACGUGUUCACCACCACCACAACAACAACAACGACGACGACAACGACAGUGACAGGCGGUACCGGUGCACAGCCUGGCACGGGCCCGAGCGGAGGGUCGACCACCACCGCCGACCCAGCAGCAACCACGCCAGAAGCAGGUCGAUCCGCGGGUUUCAAGUGGGGCAUGACCGAGACGGGCGCGGCCGUCGGCGUGGCUGCAGGGAUUAUCUUGAUCGCAGUCGUCAUCUUCGUCAGCGUCAAAGCCAAGAACAGGCAAGGGGCAUAUAACCGGCGCGUUGCCGCUGCAGACAUCCACACGUCAGCCUCUGCUGCUGCGGGCAUCACCAUCAACCCGCUUGCCCGCUCCGCAAACAUGUACAGCGGCGUUGCAGGGUCCGGACACUCCCCCGCGGACAAUGGCGGUGGCAAAGGCAGAGGCAAGGGCGCACGUGGCGGCGAUGAUGUUGAACUCGGUGGCGGGCAGAUUGUGACGCAGCUGAGUGCGGACCUGCCAACCACGAUUGAGACGUCGGACCCUUACGAGUCUGUUGCGUGAGCAGCAGGGCACGACGCGUCGCCCCCAUAUGUAAUUGAUUCCUCGAUAGCGUGUGUGCUGCUGUUGUUUUUGUUGUUGACAUGGCACUCGUGUCGUGUGUUGUUUCACACAUGAGCUGAUGUUGCUGUUCUCGCAUUCCACACGUGUUCUACCUUUCAUUGCUUGCUUCUUUGUUUUUGCUUUUGCUUUUGCUUUCGAUUGUCAUUACGCCCUUGUUUUUCUUUGUCUCUCUCUCUCUCUGUCCCCCCUCCACACACACAGACACACAGACACACAGACACACACACAUACUCUCUCGCAUUAUGUCAGCCUCUUUUCGCUGACCAAUGAAAACUCUACACACGCGCA